AUGCCGUUUUUCAAUAUCUGUAAUGUAUUUUCAUGUGAUUUUCCCUUAUAAUUAUUCGAUUUUUCUAGGUUGUUCUCGCCGGAAUCGGAGAUUUCAAGCGGGUGUUGAUCGUAUUAUUGAAAGAAAUCAACCUGAAGCACAACAGAAAAUGGAGGCGAAUAUAAUGUUGGCGACAAUAAGUGGAGCAAGAGGAUUGUAUAUGAAAAAUAAGACGAGUUUGGAUGCAUUUGUAACUGUUACAUUACAAGGAAAAGGUUCAUUGAGAAGUCGAGCAGCGACUGAAGCAAUUACAACUGAAGGAGAAUGUCAAUGGGAUGAAGUGUGCGAAUUUAAAUUGAGUGAGAAAUUCAGUACGGUUGCUGUAUCGGUUUUGGCGAAAACAAAGCUGGGAUCUGGAGGUAAUAUAAUAAUAGAUCCGUUGUGAAAAGGGCCUUUUCAAUAGUAUUGGUAUAGGCCAAUUAAGCGGCCGCGUGGUGGUUAGAUUUGGGCUUCCAUCAAAACCAGCUGUCUGUUUGAUUUAAAUUCAAAAUUAUUUACAAGUCUGAAAAUGACCUUUUCAAAAUUAAUUCUCAUCCAGCAAUCUGGAUUUUUUUCUUAAACAGUGUGCCAGCGAGGUGCCUCUGAAUUUUGGCGAGGUGCUUCUGAAUUCUACAAUUUAUUACGUUUCAGAAUUUUAUUAUAUUUUUGAACAAUAGAUAAAUAAUUUACUCGAGUGAUCAUCAAUCCAAAAAUAUAAAUCAUCAGAAGAUCUCUUUGUAUUUAAAAUCAAUACUAUUCAUUUUUCAGAACUCAUUGGAAAAUACGAAAUGGAUAUUGAAAGCGCAAAACAAUUAAAUGGACAAACAAAUUGGCUUCGAUUAAAAAAGAAGAAUUCGGACGAAAAAUAUCGAGGAGAAGUGCAAAUUAAACUUGAAUUCUCCUAUGAAAAACCAUCGAUGUCAGUCUCAUCACUUUCUUUGAAUCAAAUUGGAGGAGAUGUAAAAGAAGGUGGAAGUGGAGGAAAAAGUUUGAUGAGCAAAAUGAAGCGAAAAAUAAAAGAGGCAAAAGGUGGAAGAAAACAAGCGGAAGAUACAAUGUCAAUGGCUUCUGCUUGGUCAGCAACUUCUGCUAAAUCCACGAAAUCGCAAAGAUUUUUUGGAAAAAUUGGAAAGACAUUGGGCAUCAAAGAAAAAGAUAAGAAUGCAACAUUACCGGCUGGAACAUUUUUGACACCUGGAGAUAAUCAUUUAGAAACAUCGAAUGGUUUAUAUGAAACAUGUAAUGAUCAACAAGCAAGUCGAAAUGUUAGCAGAAAUAGUUCAUUCAAUGUUUUCGAUCAACCAAAUAUUAGUCGACCGAAUUCAAGUUUUGCAAACAAUUCGACAAAUCCAUUUGCAGUUCCAUCGCCUCAACCAAGAACUUCAACACCAUCUCAAAAUGCAGCUGUGGCUAAUCAUAAUAAAUUUGGACAAGGAAUUGGUGGAAUGGUACAUUCAAUGACGUCACCAGCUGGAGCUGUAAGUUGAUUUUUGAAGGGGUAUUUUCUUUUGAAACACUUUUAAAAAUUGUUUUCAGAAACAUCACAUACAUUAGAUGCCAAACAGGCAAUUUUGAAAUUCUAAAGUAAUGUGCAUAUUUUUUCGCAUAAUUAUAGUAGUUUCUUUAAAAUGAUCGACUUGAUUUUUCACAAAGUAACCAAUGUUUUCAAUUUCAGCUAAAUCAUACUGAUAUAUUCCGGCGAAGUGGAAGUAUUCGAAGUGUUGCAUCAAGUGGUUUCGAAUCUUCAAAAUAUCCACAAAAAACAGUUGAUCCAAAUAAUGUUCAAGAUUUGUUGACAGUAAUUGACAGUCUCAAAUUGGAACUUCAAGUUAAAGAUUCUCGAAUGAAUGAUAUGCAAACAUAUAUGGAUAACUUGGUUUGUUUCUUUAUUUUUUUUUUCAAAAACACAACUCAAAAUUCUAAUUAAUUUUCAGAUUUCACGAGUUAUGGAAAGAAAUCCUGAACUUCUUGCCGCACCCAUCAAAGAACAAAAAUCAAAGCUUAGAUUUUUCUAG